GGGCCGAAGUCUGGCUGAUGAAGGGCGGAAGUAGGGUUCCAAAUCUGCAAUCAUGGCUCAAGAAGAGGAAGAUGUUAGAGAUUACAAUUUGACGGAGGAACAGAAGGCGAUCAAGGACAAGUAUCCCCCAGUCAAUCGAAAGUAUGAAUAUUUGGAUCAUACAGCUGAUGUCCAGUUACAUGCGUGGGGAGAUACUCUGGAGGAAGCAUUUGAACAGUGUGCCAUGGCCAUGUUUGGUUACAUGACAGAUACUGGGACUGUGGAACCCCUCCAAACAGUGGAAGUAGAAACCCGAGGAGACGACUUGCAGUCUCUGCUGUUUCACUUUUUGGACGAGUGGCUGUACAAGUUCAGUGCUGAUGAGUACUUCAUACCCCGGGAAGUGAAAGUACUUAACAUUGAUCAAAAAAAUUUCAAGUUACGAUCCAUUGGGUGGGGAGAGGAGUUCUCGCUGUCCAAGCACCCUCAGGGAACAGAAGUCAAAGCAAUAACAUACUCAGCGAUGCAAGUCUAUAACGAGGAGAAGCCAGAAGUAUUUGUGAUCAUCGACAUCUAAAAUGCCAAAAAAGGGAAAGAGCUUCUGAAGAACUGAUUUGUCUCCUUCCUUUUGGGAGGACAUGAUGAUUCAUUUUCUAGUGUCUUUGCUAAAUGGAAAUACAGAACUGGGAACUUAAAGUGGGACUUUCAGAAAUGGAAAACCAGUGUGUAGCCUUGGUCUAUGGUUCCUAGAUAAUGAAUUUUUCGAUUUUUGAGAAGCA